CUCGCCCGCCGCGGAGGGAGGUUUCAACUCUUGGCUGCUGCUCGCAGUCCGUUCAGGACGCUGCGCUGGUUAUGCCCUCUUGCUCCCAGCUGGAAGGAUCAACCUGUUUUGAAAUUCAUCCCACCAGCACCUUGACCUUAAGAACAAAAUGACUGGACUGACAUCUACAAGCAUGGAGAUGCCUCUCAUAUCAUCAAGGUUCCAGAAUCUUCCACAAGUGAUGCUCUUCUCCCUGGCGGUGAUGCUGCUACAGACUGGGAGUAGCUAUGGCAGCCUCCCUUUCUACAAUGGCUUCUACUAUGACCGAGUCAUGAACGAUAAAGGAGAUGGAGAAGUUCUGUUCAAUGGUGUUCGACUGAUGGUUGAGACAUCUGAUGAUGCCAUCUUUACCCACCGUGGUGCCAAUGUUACGCUGCCCUGCCGUUAUCACUACGCACCUAAACUGGAUGCCCCACGCAGGAUCCGCAUCAAGUGGUCCAAGCUGCGGGAGGACAACACUAAAGAGCGAGAUGUGUUGGUGGCAUCUGGGCGAAAGCACCGUAUCUUUGGCGAGUUCCGUGGACGGACUCAUCUGCAGCAGGAGGCUGCUGAUGAAGCAUCCCUGGUGAUCAAUGACUUGCGCUUACACGAUGCUGGGAAGUACCGUUGUGAAGUCAUUGAUGGUCUGGAAGAUGAGAGUGGGACUGUGGAUCUAGAACUUCAAGGAGUGGUCUUUCCUUAUCAGCCUCCCCAUGGACGCUAUAAGCUUAACUUCCACGAAGCCAAGAAGAGCUGUGAAGAUCAGGAUGCGGUCAUAGCCUCCUUUGACCAGCUCUUCAAGUCCUGGAUGGAAGGCUUAGACUGGUGCAAUGCUGGCUGGCUGAUUGAUGGCACAGUCCAGUACCCCAUCACAUUACCUCGGGAACCCUGUGGUGGGAAUCACUUAGAACCUGGUAUCAGAAGCUAUGGAGAACGUCAUAAGAACCUCCAUCAUUUUGAUGUCUUUUGUUUCUCUUCUGCUCUGAAAGGGACUGUCUACUAUCUGGAUCACAAUCAGAAGUUCACCUUAGAAGAAGCCAAGCAAGCAUGCCAGGAUGACCAGGGUGAAAUUGCCAAGGUGGGUCAGCUCUAUUCAGCAUGGAAGUUCCUGGACUUGGACCGUUGUGAUGCUGGGUGGCUGGCUGAUGGCAGUGUGCGCUACCCCAUCGCUUCUCCCCGACCCAACUGUGGCCCACCAGAACCAGGGGUCCGAAGCUUUGGCUUUCCCCAAACUGGGAAAUUUGGAGUCUACUGUUACAAGAUGAGCUAAGGAAAAGCUUCCUUCAUCAGUGGACAGUGUCCUUUUUAUCACCACCUAGAGUUUAUUAUUUAAAGGGCCAGUCUCUGGGGGUCUGUUUUAACUGUAUGUUUUCAAGUUUGUGUUUUCUUCUGUGGGUUUUUUUUUUUUUUUUAAAAACUUUUUGUAAUGAAACAGAAAAUGCUGCACAAGCUGUGAGGUGGAAAUUGAGUUGCCUUAGUACUGAUCCUAUGAGCUUCCAGCUUUGUUGCCCAUUUAAUCAUGUGGUUGGAAAACCUGAGCUUAACUUGGGAUGGUGCAUGUACAUGGGAGAAGAGUUGGUUUGCUCAUCUGAUUAUGAUGUCUUCUGGAAUGGGCUCCUGCCAACAUCUGUCAAUGGGAUUAGGAAGCCAUCUGAAGUACCAGUUAGGCAGCUGUUAUAAGAACUGUCUUGAGAAAGGAAUUCCUGGUCCAGUGUGACAUUCCCAACUCUUAGUAGCAUAUGAUCUCAUCUUAAGUGAUCCAAUAUUUGCAACGUUCAAAGUGAACUGGCUAUUUUAAUAUCUCAGGACACUGUAUGGUAAGUGACUACAUUAUUACUUAAUAGGCAUUGAAGGAUCAGAAAUAAGGUUUGUUUGCCUUCUGGCUUGUUGGCAAGAAUCUCAGGGCAAAAGGAGAUGCAGAAGGGGCUGUUUCUCAGUAUCCUUUCUCCUGUUCUUCAGGUUGUCAACAUGAACUGGGGAAAAUAUAAUUCCUUCUGUUUAACGCUGAACUGGACCUAUAUGUUUAUUGGGUAGUGCCUGUGAUGUCACCAAUUCAUCUCCUCCUCCCAUCUUUUUGUAAAGUGAAGAAAGUGGAAUGACUGGGCUCAUACAAUAGGCUAUGCUAUCUUGUAUUUCUUUGGUUUUGGCAUAGAUCAUUGUGCAAACCCAGCCAUUUGUAAACCAUAGUUAAACUAUGGCUUCGAGUAAUGCAUGAAUCCAAGUUUCUAUCUUUGCACACACAUACACAUAGACCUCUUCCAAAUUUGAUUUUAAGAAUUAGGCCACUUUGAGGAGAAGACAAGAAUCAGCGCUCUUGUUAUUUGCAGUCCAAUGUUCAGCUUGCUGUAAAGGAUGGGCAAAUCUGGGCCUGGAUGGACACAUCUCACUAAGCCGUCUUGUCUUGUUUUGUCACUUUUCAUAUGCAGAACAAGCAAAACUCUGUUAGGACACUGCAACCAAACCAUUGUUUUGGGAAGCUUUUGCUUCUGUACCUUUUGUAUUGUCAAAGGUGUCUUGAACAUUGUUUUGUGGUGUUUAAAGAUGGGGUGUCUGGGAUGUCUGCUAAUAAAACUUUGAAGGAAACCACACAAAGAAAUAACGUGGAUAUCAGUGCCUUGUUCCAUCUUGAUUGCAGAAGCUGUCCAACAACCAACCCUAAACGGUUCCAGAAGCCCUUUUUCUACCAGAUUCCACAGAACAGAAAUAGCAUUGAGGUGGUCGUGAGAUACCAAGCUUAACCUGAGCCUUUUGGAGCAGAAUGGAAAGAAAGUGUUGAAAAGUGAGAUGCUUUGGACAGGAGGUGGGAAGGAAAUGUGGGGGUGUGGAGGGGCCAAA